GUCGCUGUUGUGCGCCUGGCACGCCCUACCACAACCCACCAUCAUAAUCAUAUCCAUGUCGAUAUCCCCACCCAAUAUCACGAAUCCGGCUCCAACCAUGGCCACGUCUACUCCCACGCCCGCGCCUCCGUCUGCGUCUGCAUUAACCCCGGCUCCGGUAUCGUCACAGGAUGCCCAGCCCACAGUCCGAUUCACAACAGCCGCGGAGCUGUUCGAGCAGAUUGACUCCGUUCCUGGAGAUAUUCUCAUCGUCACAAAUGUCUCUCGUCAAGAUUUUACCGCCAUCGAGCACGAGAGAGAGACCCGCCGGCGCAAGAUUCGGUUCCGACGUUAUUACGCCAGCACCCAAAUUCUCAUUGUCACGAUCCCGACCAUAAUCCACGAACAACUCCAUCGUAGGCUUUACGAAGGUCUUUGCUUCCAGGUCAACAGCGCGGGCCUAUGGGAGGACUGGAGUUCCCUCGGCGGUGCUACAUUUCGAGAAGGCCGCCCCAGCGGAAAUAGUGGGGAAGGCGAUUCGUCUGGUGGGCCACGGUCAGCGGGACGCGGAGCUUGGCCGACGCUGGUCAUCGAAGCCGGGGUUUCGGAGUCACUAAGGCAGCUCCAGGAAGAUAUGAGAUGGUGGUUCGCCGCAUCGAAUCACGACGUCAAGAUUGUCAUUCUAGCCAAAUCUGGGCGCAGCCAAAACAGAAUUAUCCUACAAAAAUGGAUAGAACAACAACGACAGCCUCGACAAGGAGCUACCUCGACACGAUGGGCUAGUACCUUAGAGCCAACGUUACACCAAACCAUCACCAUCACCGGGGAUUCCGCGAACCCAGCAUUAUACAAUGUUACUAGGGGAGCAUUGGUGUUGGAGUUCCGGCUCCUUUUCCUCCGGGAUCCGCGUCAAGGAGAGGGAGACUUUGUCGUUGACGUUCCGUCUUUGCAACGAUACGCGGCGGCCGUUUGGACCUAGUUUGAAAGCAUUUCUCUAACUAGACGAUACUCCCAAUUCCCAUGCUGUGGAUCCUCAGGCAUCCAGAAUGGAGGCCUGUGAUUGGUGGAAUUGAAGAAAAACACGCAACAGCUAACUGUUCGUAAAACGCUGUAUUUAAGCCCUUUUAGCAGUUUAGUUUUUACACCUUCAAUUGAUCAACUAGGUUUACCUUUCAACUCGUCUU